AUGCAACAACGGCUGCCCGAUCGCUAUAUCCAGAACCUGUCUACAACUCGCUACCUUGAAAUCAACGGGGAUCAAUGGGUCGUUGCUCGCUUCUCCUCGGCCAAUGAGGAAACCAUUCUUUUGGGCGGAAAUGCUGGAAAAGUAGCAGUCUUCGAUGCGGAGACGAAAGUUUUGAAGCGAGUAUUCCGUGGCCACAACGGUGUCGUAAACGACGUGGCGUCGCGUGCAAAGUAUCAAAACCAAGUGAUCAGCGCCGCCGGGGAUACGACGAUACGACUGUGGGAUUUUGAAAAUACGCAAGAACCGAUCCAGCAGUUUCUCGGCCACGACAAGAGUCUCCGAUGCCUUUCGAUGAAUCCGGUGGAUCCGCACAUGUUCCUCUCCUGCAGCCGUGAUGACACCAUCCGUAGAUGGGACCUGCGAGCCGGCCCAGCCGCCAGGGCCACCUACGAACACCCCCAUAUUUCUGGCAUAACUCGCACGCCAUCAACGCCGAGAUCACGGGCAGCACUGUCAAUUACUUGCGUCCAAUUCGUCGGCGAGCAUCAGUUUGUCAGUGGGAGUGAAAAGGCCUACACCGGUGUGCGUUUAUGGGAUGUGCGCUAUAUGAAAGCCGGCCGCAAGGGCCUCACCCCGAUACACGUUUUCGGGCCGUCCGCUUCAGAUAAAGGCAUUUCCUCAAUAGCCGUUGAUCGGUUUGGCUCGACGCUCUACGUGAAUCUGACGGAUCGAUAUAUCCACGAAUACUCGUUGGCCUCCCAGUCACUGAAGCCAGUGCGUAUUUUGGACAAGCACCAAGUGUACAAUCAAUUCGAGGUGGCCCAGCUGGCAUGCAGCCCGAUCUCAGAUCAUCUCGCUUGUGGGCUGAAGGACGGAGAGACGGCUAUUUGGGAUUUUCAGGAUUACCAUGCUGACGCCUUCGAUGCACCUUGGGAGUCUCGAUGGCGUCCCGAGGAGAAGCCAAAGGCCAAAUGGCAGCUGCAGGGGCUGGGACCCGAUGCUUGCCUCAGCGUUGGGUGGAGCAGGACGGGAAAAUACUUUUUCGCAAUGGACGAGGUGGCGAUGCGCGUCUGGGAUGGUGCAACACCAUUUGUCAGCCGAGCCGUAGAUGAUAGUGAGGUCCCGCGUGUCCAUCGCCUGAGGCCUCUACUACGUCCCGACAUUCAAAAGCGCCCGCCGAAUCGGGCUCCACCGGAGAGAAUACCGCUGCAAGCCAUGGUCAUCUCCCCGAGCAAGGACAACAUCAUGCUGAACGCGCUGAACGGGCCGACAAAUCAGAGCCCUCUGAAACGGACGCGGCUUAUGGGCUCGCCAAGGACCCCGGUUGCAAAGCGAUCAAGGUUUGAUCAAAUCUCGCCCGUUCUCCCGCCCUCAUCCUUCUCCCCCGCCAAAUCAGCACGAUCACCCCGUGGCGUGGGCCUGUCGACGCCAUUGAAGACGCCGAACAAGACCCCCAUCAAGAGAGGGCAACGUCGAAACGCCGUCUAUCAUGCAAAGUAUCCGACGUUCAAAUUGCCGAAUCUUCGGUACGACCAAAUGCGGCGGAAGCUGUUGGAUAGAGAGAUUUCCCGAUUAGAAGCUGAGGACGGGCCGUCAACUAGCUCUCCGGCUGUACAAUCGCCGAAUUCGAUGGACGACUGGUUGAGAAGGCCAGCCAGAAAUGGACAUCCGGCCCGACUCGUCAAACUCAAUUAUCCGACCGCAGAAGAAUUUGGCGACUCCCUCUGCUCGCAAAUAAUGACUGAGGCGGAACGGCUUGAGGCUUCGUCCCCGCAAAAGAAGGUCAUCCGCACCCCGAACAAGGCCACUCCAGUAAAAUCGUCGGCGCCCAGCGGUUCUCGGCGAAGGUUGACGUUCGACAGUGAUGACGGCCAGUCUCCGCCAAUGAAUCGUGGAGCACGAGCCCUUGCCCUCACCCAAGUACGCUCUACACCCAAGACACCGAGAAGCCAGAAGACACCCACACGGUCGAGCACCGUCCGCAAUAUUCUCGACUACUUUCCGAAAACGCCCAAG